CCUCCCAAAGUGCUGCGAUUAUUGACAUAAGCCACCAUGCCUGGCCCCCAGAAUUAUGAAUCCUGUGAGGAUGGCUUCAAGGUGAGCACUGAGCCAGUCAAAAGGAUGGGGUUUGGGAGCACCCUGCUUAGCCUGGAAAGAUAAUGUUGGAGAAGACUUCCUGGAAGAGGGGCUUUUUGCACAGAGUUUUGAAGAAUGAGUAGGAGUUCUCCAGAUGAGAAUGAAUAACUGCAAUAACCAGUUUAUCAAGCGCUUCCUAUGUGUCUGGCCCUGUGCUUUACCCCUCAUUUGACUACCUCUCCAGUGAGCGUCUCAGUCCCUUUUCUCCUGGUGAGGAAACAAGCGUGACAGAGAGGAAUGACAUAUCAAGUUUGCCCUUCCUGGCUCCAUCUAUCCCGUUUUCCUCUGCUUCCUUUGUUUUUCACCGUCAUUAGCCUUUGACCCCAACCAAAAAGAGAAGAGAGGAAAUCCCAUGGGCACAGACAGCCACUUCUUAAAUUCCUGUCUGGAAUUUUUCACAUAGUAACAGUCCUUUUUCCUUCAAAAAGACUCCCAGGCCGGAAUGGUGUCCUCAUACUGAGGCCCAGAAACUUGCCCUAGCUUUACUAGGAGCGCCCCCACCUAAAGAUCCUCCCCCUAAAUACACCCCCAGACCCCGCCCAGCUGAGGUCACUGGAGUGUUUACUCUGCAGGCAGGGGGAGGAGGGCGGGACUGAGCAGGCAGAGACCGACAAAGUCCGGGGACUAUAAAGGCCGGUCCGGCAGCAUCUGGUCAGUCCCAGCUCAGAGCCGCAACCAGCACAGCCAUGCCCGGGCAAGAACUCAAGACACUGAGUGGCUCUCAGACGCUCUUGGUGUUGCUUGUGCUCUUAUGGCCGCCGCAUGGGGGCGCCCUGUCGCUGGCCGAGCCGAGCCGCGCAAGUUUCCCGGGACCCUCAGACUUGCACUCCCAAGACUUCAGAUUCCGAGAGUUGCGAAAACGCUACGAGGACCUGCUGAGCAGGCUGCGGGCCAACCAGAGCUGGGAAGAUUCGAACACCAACCUCAUCCAGGCCCCUGAGGUCCGGAUACUCACACCCGAAGUGCGGCUGGGAUCUGGCGGCCACCUGCACCUGAGUAUCUCCCGGGCCGUCCUGCCUGAGGGGCUCCCCGAGGCCUCCCGCAUUCACCGGGCUCUGUUCCGGCUGUCCCCGACGGCGUCAAGGUCGUGGGACGUGACACGACCGCUGCGGCGUCAGCUCAGGCUUGCAAGACCCCAGGCGCCCGCGCUGCACCUGCGACUGUCGCCGCCGCCGUCGCAGUCGGACCAACUGCUGGUAAAAUCUGCGUCCGCACGGCCCCAGCUGGAGUUGCACUUGCGGCCGCGAGCCGCCAGGGGGCGCCGCAGAGCGCGUGCGCGCAACGGGGACCACUGUCCGCUCGGGCCGGGGCGCUGCUGCCGUCUGCAUACUGUCCGCGCAUCGCUGGAAGACCUGGGCUGGGCCGAUUGGGUGCUGUCGCCACAGGAGGUGCAAGUGACCAUGUGCAUCGGCGCGUGCCCGAGCCAGUUCCGGGAGGCCAACAUGCACGCGCAGAUCAAGACCAGCCUGCACCGCCUGAAGCCCGACACGGUGCCAGCGCCCUGCUGCGUGCCCGCCAGCUAUAAUCCCAUGGUGCUCAUUCAAAAGACCGACACCGGGGUGUCACUCCAGACCUAUGACGACUUGUUAGCCAAAGACUGCCACUGUGUAUGAGCAGCCCUGGUCCUUAGACUGUGCACCUGCACAGGGGACGCGACCUCAGUUGUCCUGGCCUGUGGAAUGGGCUCAAGGGUCCUGAGACACCCGAUUCCUGCCCAAACGGCUGUAUUUAUGUAUCUGUUAUUUAUUAUUAAUUUAUUGGGUUGACCUUUCUGGGAACUGGGGGGCUGGUCUGAUGGAACUGUGUAUUUAUUUAAAACUCUGGUGAUAAAUUAAAGCUGUCUGAACUGUU